AUGAAUAAUAUCGGUCAGAUUUCAUGUACUAAUAACGAGAUUGAACUUGAUUCGGAUGCUGAUACUUCGGCUAAUUGUCCCCCAGACGCCACAUUAUCCCGGCCACCUCAUCUUUCUAGAGACAUACGUUGCUUCUCUGGCGGUCGGCUUUCACGACAUAUUUCAGCAGUUGGUGUUCGAUUUCGGAUACUUGAAAUGGCGCUGGCACUCCUUCAAUUUACUAACUCAUCAACCACAAUCCAUGGUUCAGGUGGUAGUGGAGCUGGCGUUACAAAUCUUGGUUCAUCAGCCCCUGGUUUGGGUUUUGCCAGUGGUAGCAGUGGUGUUGGAGCUCCUGUGAUAUCGCCGAGCACGGUUGCUGGAUCAGGAUCAGUUGCCCUGACAGGCAUGGGUGGUAUAGCACCUGUUUUUGAUCUGGACCCAGGGACUACCUUCUCCAGUGCAGAUGUUGCCUCUCUGUCAGGAGGCUCGGCAGGUUAA